GUGGGCAUACAGCCAUUAGUGACUUGCUGCUUAACUUAAUAGGAAUUGACCUCAAGAAUAACUUGGUCUGGUAUCUGUUGAGGCGAUCAUUUGUUGUCAAAGACUCCACCUCUGAAGUUGAGAGCAGCCUUCCUGGAGCACAGUUAGACAUCACAGAGCUGUGAUCAUACGCACCACGAUGAAACGGAGCCUGAUAACAGCUUUAAUUCUCUGCAGCAUCAGCUGGAUCUCUGUCUCAGGUUCUGAGUCUCACACUGAGACUGUGGAGGGUCGGCCGGGUGGAGAAGUCACACUCACAUGCUCUAACCCGUCCAACCGAGACGCUACAACACUCUGGUUUAGAGUGGUCAACAGAACCAAGGCCAGCUGGAUCUCCAUGAUGGCCAGCUCUACAGUAAAACCUUUAUACAGCAAUGGAAUUCAAAAUGGAAGAUUCAACAUGAGUACCAACAUCUCCACUCUCUUUCUCCAAAUCAAACAUGUGGAUGUAUCUGACUCUGGACUGUAUUUCUGUGGAUUUUACAUCGGAGGACGUUUUAAUUUCAGUGCAAUACACUUCAAUGUUAAAGACAGUGAUGAUUCUCAUGAUGACGCUGACAGGAAGUCUGAAAGCAGCGAUGAAUCUCAUGAUGACAACGACGACAGGAAGUGUGAAAAGUCUGAUGGAACAGCAAAGCUGAUGAGUUUGAUCCUGGGAGCUCUGACUGUUCUCCUCUUAAUGGUCAUCAUUGGUCUGGUUGUUAAAAACCAGAAACUUCAGAAAGCUGCCAAUGAAGAACAGAAUCCACAACAGCCUGAGAACCGGGCCUCUGAAGAGCUGAACUACGCAGCUGUGGCUUUCCGUCCAAAAACAAGAAAAACAAGAGAAGUGGAGCCCAAUGUUGUGUAUGCUUCUACUAGAUAGACUCAGGAUGAAACCAGAGAAGAGGUUCAGAAUAAAACUGAUGCUUUAUCAUAUUCAUCUGCAGAUGGUGGACAGGAGGACUGACCAUCACAAAAGGACAAAAGAUGUGCAAGCUUCUUCCUAGUGCAGAGUUUGAAUUUGAAUCUCUUUUAAAGAUGUAAUUAGUGCACAUCAAUACAGAAAGAAGAUUUUGUAAAUGCUGACUUGACAUCAGUGUGUCUAUGCUGGUAGGGGAAUACAA